UGCUCUCUGUGUUCCUUGCAGACCCUGAACUCCAUGGACAGCAUGCUGAGGACAGUGGUGCUCAGCUUUCCGGCCUCUCGAGUCAGCGAGGAGCUGCAGGGCAUCUUGGAGCUGCUGCUGGACUUCACCAGAUGCGAGAGAGAGGCUGUGAGGGAGAGGGCCAUGGCAAGGAUCGAUGUGCUGACCCGUGUGCUGUCCGACUAUUCCACUCUGCAGGCCAAUGCCAACAUCAGAAGAGGCACUGCUGGACCUGUCUGCUCUGGGGAGAUCCAGCUCCCGCUCCUAGGAAAGCUGCUGGGGCGUCUCAUCCUUUUCCGGUUCUCCGAGGAACAGACAAGCUGUGCAGCUUUCCAUGCUCUUUUUGCCCUGGCUGAGUUCAUCUUCGAAUCCAGGCUAAAGGACAGAGCAGACCAAGUCCACUGGGAAGCCGUGACCACCUCCGCGCUGUGUUCUCUGAGCGCCAGGGACUGUGCCAAGACCUUUGGAAAAUACCUGCAGUCCCACGAGAGGACGGAUGUCAUCCUCGUGGCCCUCGAGGCGUUGGGAGAUGCCAGCAUCCUCGACCAGCAGGUGCCCAGCAGCCUGCUGGAUGUGGCCUUGGAAGACCCGGACGUCUGGCUGACGGACGGGCCCAAGAUCGUCGGCAGCAUCCUUGAGAGCCUGCCAUACUGCAGCACACAGGCAGCGUGGGAGAAAGCGGAGUCACUGCUUUGCCUGAUGACCAACCUGUACCCCACCACCGUGGUCAUCCUCCUGUGCAAGGCGGCUCUUCAAGGAGACAGCACUGCGCCGGAGCUGUGGGAGCUGAUGUCCUCCAUGCCGGAGACGCUGGCCAAGAUCUUGGAGGGCUUUGCCAACCUGCUGCACAGACAGUGCUUCCACUGCUCCGCAGAAGGCCCCCGCACCCAGCCCAUGGCUUCAUCCUCCAGGAAGGCUGAGUGGGAGGAGUUGGCUGACGAGCCCGACAUCGAGAGCCAUCAGGGCUGUCCAAACGAGAGGACGGCCAGGCUGCUGCUGGAAGGGCUCGUCGGGCUGUCACAGAGAGCCGAGAUGGCCAGAAACAUCGAACUCUUCCUGCCGGGCAUGAUGAAGAUCCUGCAAGCUGGCAGCGAAGAUGCCCAGAUGAAGACCCUGCUGGCCUUGCAAAACGUUCUGCAUCAGCUGAAGAAGACCAAGGCCAGCUUCAUCGCUGUGCAGCUUGUGGGGAGGCUCCUGCCCCUCUUUGACUCGGAGUGCAGCGAGCUGCGAGAGCUGUCCAUCCGCACGCUCACGGAGCUGCUGCAGUUGGUGGUCGGCAGGGAUGAGAAGAGGAUGAGGAAGGAGGUGUGGCGGGCACUGGUGCCUCUCCUCUUCCGCAUGAGCGACCAGGUCCCCAGCGUGGCCAAGGCCUCCAGGGAAGCCCUUCUUGCUGCCGCAGAGCUGCUGAAGUGGAAGACGCUCAAGCACCUGCUGCAGAGAGAGCGGCUGUGGGAGCUUGGAGCGUGCUUGGUAAGGACAAGCUGAGGGGCCCGGGCUGGGGGAAGGCUGCCCUCAUCCCAUGUCUGGGCUGGGGGCUCUGCAGCUGGGCAGAGCCUGGAGCUGCAUCCCUGUUGCUGCCCUCAAGAACAGAGCCCCAGGGGCUCUUCUGCUGGCCCCUGUCCCUUCCCUGUAGCCAGCAGGAGGGGAGGCCUCUCCGUCCCAGGGGGUGCUGGCGGGAGGCACUGCUCCAGCCAACUGCCCCAGUGACAGCCCUGGAGAGACAUGCCUUGUUCUCUCUGCAGCUUCAGAAGAGCAGGAGCAGGGCUGAAGACUUCAUCCACCAGAGCCUGCCCUACCUGCAGGACCCUCAGGCCAACGUGCGCCUGGCGGCCGUCAGGUUCAUCGGACUCAUCACACGGCGCCUGAGGGAGCAGACCACAGAGAGUCAGGCUGACAUCCUGAGUGCACUUCAGCCCUUGGAGAAUGACUGGGACAUCUCUGUCAGCUCCCUGGCAGCUCGGACAACCUCCAUUCUGAGGAGUCCUUGCGUGCAGCAAAGACCAAGAGGCCUCCUGCGAGCACUGCGCUGCUGCUGGCCGUGAGCCCGGCAGAGGUGCAGCUUGCCUUGGCUAAAGGACUGGGGCUGAAUAAAGCUGCAACAACGUGCCCAAA